AAUGGAUGAUGAAGAUUGUGAAAGAAGGAGGAUGGAGUGUUUAGAUGAAAUGUCCAAUCUUGAAAAGCAAUUUACAGACCUUAAAGAUCAGCUUUACAAAGAAAGAUUAAGCCAAGUGGAUGCAAAGCUACAAGAGGUCAUAGCCGGAAAAGCACCUGAAUAUUUAGAACCAUUGGCAGCUUUACAAGAAAAUAUGCAAAUCCGAACAAAGGUGGCAGGUAUCUAUAGAGAGCUUUGUCUGGAAUCUGUGAAGAACAAGUAUGAAUGUGAAAUUCAAGCCUCUCGACAGCACUGUGAGAGUGAAAAGCUUCUGUUGUAUGAUACUGUACAAAGUGAACUAGAAGAGAAGAUUAGAAGACUUGAAGAAGACAGGCAUAGCAUUGACAUUACCUCAGAAUUAUGGAAUGAUGAGCUACAGUCCAGGAAGAAAAGGAAGGAUCCAUUUAGUCCAGAUAAGAAGAAACCUGUUGUUGUAUCAGGCCCCUAUAUAGUUUAUAUGCUGCAAGACCUUGAUAUACUUGAAGACUGGACAACAAUAAGGAAGGCAAUGGCUACGCUGGGGCCACACAGAGUAAAGCCAGAACCACCUGUCAAAUUAGAAAAGCACCUACACAGUGCUAGGUCUGAAGAAGGAAGACUCUAUUAUGAUGGAGAGUGGUAUGGACGUGGACAGACGAUAUGCAUUGAUAAGAAAGAUGAAUGUCCUACAAGUGCCAUAAUUACAACAAUUAACCAUGAUGAAGUCUGGUUUAAAAGACCGGAUGGAAGCAAGUCCAAGCUGUAUAUUUCUCAGCUACAGAAAGGAAAAUACUCAAUAAAGCAUAACCACAACUGACCGUUGGUAACCUAUGAAACAAGUGGUAUUGCCAUGCUUGAUGUGCCAUGGGGUGAAAGUUGUAUUUAACAGUGUUUUGUAUUCCUUAUAAAUUUACAGCAGUAUCUGGUGUGUAUUUGUAGUGCUGUAUGUAAACUUCAUAUGGACAGGCUUCAGAAACCUGAGGAUCAUGUCGACAAACAUUUUACCUCUAAAUUAGGUCCAGUGCCUAAAAUAGGAAGUAUGCUCUUCAAGUAUAAUGGCUCAGAACUUCUCAUCUUUAUAAAAUGAAAAAAUAAAGAUUAAAAAAAAAAAAAUUAUUUUUUUUCCCAUUGGUGACCAGUUGGUGUGAUAAAAAUGAUAACUGUAAUAACCAGCAACUCACUUUGUUUUCAGUGAACAUGUCACGCUUCUCUUGUGGAUGUAAAUUUAGCCUGUUCAGCUGUUGCUUUUGAAUAGAUGGUAACAUGAAUAAGCAUUCUUUUAUCCAAAG